AAUGUUUUGUCUGUGGUCUGCCGUUGUGCAAGUAUUGGAUUUGUUAAAUUUAAUUUAUUUCAAUCAUAUUUCUGCUUAAAGUUAUGAAUUAACAAUGUCAUAUUUAUAAUUUUAACAAGAUUAAUCAGUCUGUAAAAACAGUGCUCGAUAUCUCUAAUUGAGUGACAUAAUAUUUGGACCUAUAAGAUAAACCUUGUAAUCGAUAAUAUAUUUUUUUUAUUUUAUUGCAUUGUAAUACGCAGAAUAAUACUUUAAUAUGAAAGUGUAGAGCGCGUGUCUUUGGCGUGUGAAUCGUCCUUUCUUAAAUAUGUUGUUUACGCCGAUUUAUAUCGCUAUGACUUUCAUAAAAACUUGGCGAAUUCGCUCUUUCCGGGCUCGCCUUCUCGAGUUCCUAAGCGGCAAUACAAGUGUGGCUUUCUGUAAAGUACCUGAGAAUGCAGCUGAAACACCAACACUAAGCUCUAAACUAUGUACAAAUCCUAAAAAUGCUUACCUCUGUGAUUUACUGGAUUAUACCAAUGCCUCAAGGAUAUGUAGUAUGAAGCCAACACAGUGUAUAGAUGUAUGUGACUGGGUGACAUGUACCGGAGGCCUCCCAUUAGGAUCGAAUGAUAUUUCUCCUGUUACGGAUUUGGAUGUUGAAGUGCUAUUCGAAUGUGAGAUGGAGCCGCACGAAGGAAGUUCACACCAUGACAUAAUCUCUUUAGAGUCAAUGGGCCAGCCAGUAGCAUGGAAGGCAGGGUCACAUCUAGCCAUUGUAUUGAAGACAAACAUGGAACACCUCAGUAUGGUCGGCUUUCAUUUUAUUGGUGGAGAAUUUAUUAUUGACCAUAAACUACCUGUUGUUAGGAUACAGACUGUGCAAUUAUCAGGGGAACCAAACAAAGCUACGGAUGCAUCUAUGAGGGGAUUACGAACUGAUAUACAGCUCGGAUUGAAACAAACACCGGAAAUAUUCCAAUGGCCAGUUCAUGCGGCAUUAUUGAAGAAAUUAUCCAAAGUUGUUGAUAUCAAAUCUGAUAGAAGUACAACUGUUGAAAUGAACGGAGGAAGUGACCAGUUAGAUACUGUACCUAAAAAAACUGUCACUUUAGCGGAUGUUAGUACAAUAACAACUAGGUCUUUGUCCGCUGAAGAUGAAUUUGACAAAUCGGAACCAGAAAAGAAGACCAUAGAAGAUGAUAAAGAUAGAGAGGUGCUUCUAGAAAAUGUGACAGUAGAAAUUCAACAUAAUAUAACACCGAAAAAAUCUAGUUUGAAAUUAGAUUUGAAAAAAGGUACAAGUCAAUUAUCGACUUCGUUACUAAAUAUAUCUAGUCAAAUAAAAUCUAUAACUACUCAUAAAAGAAUUGUUAGUACGACUGGGCCGAGGAAAACCCAAGAAACAAUACCAGUGGUGAAAGAAGAAGUGAGUAAAAGUCCAUCGCAGAGUAUACCAAAGUCUUUGAAAAGUUCCCGUCCACUAAUAAAUACAAAGUCACCUAAUGUUUUGAUAUAUUCUGAUAGUGUAGUUGCGAGGGAUAAUUUAGAAGCCUCACUUAGGAAAGUACUGGAUUGUGACAGGUACACUAUAUACAGCGUGUCGCGCGAGGCGCUGGAGGGCGGGGCGUGGCGCGGGCGCGCGGCGCUGGUGGGCGUGGCGGGGUGCGCGGGGCGCGCGGCGCCGCUGCUGCUGGCGCACCUGCUGGACGGCGGCCGCCUGCUGGCGCUCUGCUCCGACCUGCUGCACGCCGUGCUGCCCUACUACAAGACUGCUGAGGUUCGGGAAAGUGAAAUAGUCCAGUUCAGUUACGACAAAUGGAAGUCAGUCAAGAUGAAGCAUCACAUCUUCUGCUACCAGGCUUCGCCCGCCAAGAAGCAGUUCUCCACUGAGAGUGACAGGCAACCGUCUAAAUACACUGGUCAUCCGGGACACGAGCUGGACAUCCAGAUCCUGGCGUCAGAGGAGACCUGGCGCACACCCUCGCUGCUGCAGGCCACCGAUCUCGUCAACAAUGGAGUCGCGAUAUUCUCACAGAUACAUCUCGAAGCGGAUCCCAAUGAUUAUUUAGGUGAUGAAGGGUUUAAAAGCAACGAGGCCCGUUUGGGCAUCAUUCAUAAGAUAUUGGGGGAUAUUUUGGGACUCCACGUCAAGGACCCUAAAGAAAUACGUCACGUUGAUUAUACCAUGGGAUACUUUUUAGGCAAUCAUGUGGAUAAGAUAUCGUUAGUGAAUAAAUGGUGUUCCCCUGAUGAUGAAGGCAGACGGAUACAGAAACUGGAUAAACUAACGAUACAAUGGUGCAUGCGAGGGGAGACGCCGCUAGAACCUCCGUCUGCAGAAUUUCUGCCCGUAUGCCUUUACGAAUGCCCUGAAAACUUUUCAACUGUCGAAUAUUUUGAUAACCUAACCUCAACUAGUCUCGGUCGGCUAGUGAUAUACUCGGAAGUGAUAGAGUCGACCACGCUGGUGGUGGACGGGGGGUCGCUGUCGCACGGCGUGGCGUGCGUCGCGCGGCGCCAGCUGGCGGGCAGGGGGCGCGCCGGCAACGCCUGGCUGACACCCCCCGGGCAGGCCGCACUCUCUAUACAGGUGUGGCGUAAGAUGUCUCCCCGUCUGUCGCUGGUGCAGCACGCGGCCGCGCUGGCCGCAGUGCGUGCGAUACGUGCUGACACUGAAUAUGAACAAUUGGAUAUAAGACUGAAAUGGCCCAACGAUAUAUACUACGGUCGUGACGUCAAAAUAGGCGGCAUCAUCACCAAAGCGAGCUGCUUAGGCGAUGACGUCAUUGUACAGAUAGGUGCGGGUGUGAACAUAUCCAACAGUAUACCGACGACGUGUAUUAACGACAUUAUAAGUGAACACAACCGCGCCGCCCCCGCGCUCCCCCCACUCGCCCCCCUCUCCGUGGAGAAGUUCCUGGCGCGCUGGUGCUCGCAGCUGGAGCUGGUCUUAGAGGAUAUCGACACUGAUGAGGGUCUGGAGGUCUUCUUCCAGCAGUACUACCAGUACUGGUUGCAUGAUGGCGAGGAGAUAAUGUUGAAGCGGGAGGGCGAGGAGAGCCCGGUGGCGGGCGUAGUGUGCGGUGUGGACGAGUGCGGCUGGCUGCGCGUGCGCGCGGCGGCCCGCGAGCUGCGGGUAGCGCCGGACGGGAACACGUUCGAUAUCAUGACCGGACUUAUUGCACCCAAAAUCUAAACUGGGGUAGACAGACACAGAAAAAAACCAAUAUACCUAAGUUGUAUACUUAAAUAGUGAGGAAUAUGUAGAAAGCGAUUUUUUUUGGAAUAGGGAAUAUGCAUGUAUUUUUUUUCUUUUUUUAAACGAUUCUAAUUGUUAUAAAAUAACCAGAAAAAAAAAUUGACGCGAAAAUUCAACCAUUGAGCUAAAAGUAAAAUAAUAAAAUAAAAUUACGACAUUUUUGAGCUACUAAAACCGGAGUUGUCAUGAGACAAUUGACGUCAAUCGUCUUAUUCCAUUCAUAACAUACGCUCAGAUGUCACUUCGACGUAAAAAAACGACAA